AAUUUCUCUUUAGUUUAAUAAAAAUUCACUAAAAAUUUGUUGUGUUUAUGUUUAGUUUGCAGCAUUUGUACCGAAUUCUCUUUUCAUUGAAUAUGGCAGAUAGUGCCUACAAUCCCUAUGAUAAUCGUAACAUAGAAAGACCGCUCAGCAACUGUGAUGCUUUUAUAUCCUUGCUCAAGUCCGUCAUUGGCACGGGCAUUUUGGCCAUGCCUUAUGCCUUUAUGUACACUGGGAUAAUUGUAGGCGUGGUGCUCACAGCACUGAUUACGGUACUAUUAAUCUAUGGCAUGCAAAUGCUGAUCAGGUGCAUGGUGGAGUGUGCUCGGCGCAAUAAAGUGGGCUAUAUGACAUAUCCUGAGUCGAUGCAGGCGGCCUUUGCCGACGGACCCGACUGGUGCUCCAAGUGCGCUGUUGGGGGCAAGUAUAUGGUUGACAUUGUGCUGGGAUUCUCGCACUAUGGCGUCAAUGUCGUCUAUGUGGUAUUUGUGGCCAAAAAUGUGAAACAGUUCACCGAAGCAUAUUCGUCUUUUAAAUUAGACCUACGCGUUUAUAUUGCUAUUGCGGCAUGGGCUGAGCUGCCGCUGUUUCUGCUACGGCAUCUGAAGUAUUUGGUGCCUAUUAAUAUUAUAGCAAAUAUUUUAUUGUACAUAUGCUUUGCCAUCAUAUUCUAUUACCUGUUUAGAGGCUUGCCGUCAAUCUCAGAUCGAGAGAUGUUUGAGUCGCCGCUGCAGUGGCCCAUGUUUUUCGGUAUUGUCCUCUUUGCUGUAACCUCGGUGGGCGUGAUGCUGGCUAUCGAAGAGAAAAUGGCCAAGCCCCAAAAGUAUUUGGGCAUUUGCGGUAUUUUAAGUCUGGCCAGCAUUGUUGUGGUAAUCUCGAAUUUAGCUUUUGGUAUCUUUGGUUAUUGGCGCUAUGGCCAAGAGAUCUUGGACAGUGUCACACUCAAUCUGCCCGAAACUGACAUACCCGCAGUAAUUGUUAAAUUGGGACUGGCCUUGGCCAUAUUUUGCAGUUACCCCCUGUCGGGCUAUGUUACCAUAGAUAUAAUAAUGAAUCAUUGUUUGCUAAAGAACCAUCCAGAGCUGGAGCAUCCAGUUAGAAUCGAAUAUAUAUUACGCGUAGUAUUUGUUUUUGUAUGCACAUUGAAUGCUGUAGCCUUUCCAAAUUUGGGACCAUUGCUAGCAUUAAUCGGCGCAUUUUCUAUAUCCUUGUUGAAUCUGGUAUUUCCCAGCUGCAUGGACAUGUGUUUGUGGUAUAAGUACUCGUAUGGGAAGCUUAAGUGGAUAUUAAUCAAGGAUAUAUUCAUACUCAUAAUAGGCAUGUUGAUUCUUCUACUUGGUUCCUUUGUAGCCAUUUUAGGUAUUGUGAAGGAAUAUGGCAGUGGUAAUUGAGUAGCUGUUAAGACAAUAAACUGAAAGAAGUUCAAAGUUCAA